AAAAUUUAUACCAUGUUGAAAUAACAUCAGGCAUAAGAUUUCAGAGAUCACUGGCAAAGCGUGUACCUAAAAAGGAAUUGGAUCAUUCAAAAAUACGAGAUGUAUUAUCAGAAAAUAAUUCGUAUAACAAUGUAAAAUGUACUUCAGAUGAUUUAUCAGAGUAUGCACAGUUAAAGAAAAAGGGAUUAAAUGAUUUGGAAAUUUAUAAAGAGCAAUUUAAGCAUAAAUAUGAUAAAAGGAAAGGUUUUAAAAGACUAGAUUGUUAUUGUGAAAAAAAAUAUUUGAUAUUAUUGAUACAAUAUGUGUUUAAUUCCAUUGAUUGGAAUAAUAUUUCCUAUAUUAGCCUUGGCUAAAGUGGAUCCAACAUUUCUUAAUUUCCUAUCUCCUUUGGAUACUGUAAUACCUUAUUUAUCUUCCGCAUUUUUCUUAACAUAUUGCACUAUAUUUAUAUUAAUUAUUCCUUACAUCUUUAUUAAAAUUGUAAAAUAUGAAAGAUUAGAAUCUGGAAGGGGUAAAUUGAAUUCUAGGGAAUAUCGAAUUUGUAAUAUAUGUAAAUAUGCACUAAUAAGGAAUGAUGAAAUAAUCGUAUAA